UCCUCAUUGAACAUUUCAGUAAUCAAGUGAACUUUACAGUUGAUAAACACACUCACCAUUUUCAUGCAAAGGGAGAAUUCAAUUAUUUGGACCUUGAUGAUGAGCUUUGGAGGGAUUCCAAUGCCUGGAAAAUCUGGGAUAUUACUAUGGAAAAACUUCCAUGGAUGUUUUGAAAAUAUUCAUUACAAUGGUGUGAACAUUAUUGAUUUGGCAAAGAGAUAUAAACCUCAGAUCAACAUAAUGGGCAAUAUAUCUUUCUCCUGUUCAGAACCUCCAAUUAUUCCUGUCACCUUUUUGAACCCCAACAGCUAUUUAGCAUUGCCUGGAACAGCAGGAAUAGAUGAAAUUUCAGUCAGUUUUCAUUUCCGCACCUGGAACAAUGAGGGACUGUUGCUAUCAAAUAAACUAUAUCAGACUUCAGGUGGCCUCCUUAUGUAUCUCAGUGAUGGGAAAGUUAAGCUGAGCUUCUAUAAACCUGGAAAGGCACAGAGUGAUAUCACUGCAGGUGCUGGAUUACAUAAUGGGCAGUGGCAUUCUAUAUAUUUGUCAACUAAAAAGAAUCGUAUAACCUUAAUGGUAGAUAAUGAAAUAAUGUUGACAUCUCAUAUGCUAGUACCUAUGCAUAUAUUUUCAGGAGACACCUAUUAUUUUGGAGGAUGCCCUAUUAAUGUCAACAACUCAGAAUGUAAGAACCCUUACAGUAGUUUCCUUGGAUGCAUGAAACAAUUUUCCAUUGAUGGCAAACCUAUAGAUUUAAUUUCAGUUCAACAAAAUUCAAUGGGACAUUUCAGUGACCUUCAGAUAGAUUUGUGUGGCAUUAUAGAUAGAUGCCUGCCCAAUUAUUGUGAACAUGGUGGUGAAUGCUCACAGUCCUGGAACAGUUUUUAUUGCAAUUGUGCAAAUACAGGCUACAUGGGGGCUACAUGUCAUUAUUCUAUAUAUGAGCAAUCAUGUGAAGCUUAUAAGCACAGAGGUAACACUUCAGCCUUUUACUACAUCGAUUCAGAUGGGAGUGGCCCCCUAGGGCCAUUUCUUGUAUACUGCAAUAUGACAGAUACCACUUGGACAAUUAUACAGCACAACAACACCGAGUUAACCAGAGUCAAAACUGCUAAUCGAGAGAACCCUCACAGUGUGUUUUUCAAAUAUGCUGCCAGCCUAGAACAGCUCCAGGCUACAAUUAACCAUGCAGAACAAUGUGAACAGGAGGUUGCUUACCACUGCAAAAAGUCACGACUUUCUAACAAGCAAAAUGGCAUUCCAUUCAGCUGGUGGAUUGGAAAAAUCAAUGAGACACAGACAUACUGGGGAGGUUCCAUUCCUGAUGUGCAGAAGUGUGCUUGUGGAAUAGAAGGAAGUUGCAUUGACUCCCAACAUGACUGUAACUGUGAUGCUGACAGAAAUGAAUGGACAAAUGACACAGGACUCCUGUCCUACAAAGACCAUCUGCCAGUAACAGAACUUAUCAUCACAGAUACAGGCCGUCCAAAUUCUGAAGCAGCUUAUAAACUUGGACCUUUACUCUGCCAGGGCGAUAGAGAGUUUUGGAAUGCAGCCUCCUUCAACACCGAGGCCUCCUACCUCCAUUUCCCCACUUUUCAUGGAGAACUAAGUGCAGACAUGUCCUUUUUUUUUAAAACUACAGCUUCUUCUGGAGUGUUUUUAGAGAAUCUGGGAAUCAGAGAUUUCAUAAGGAUAGAACUGCAUUCACCACUUGAAGUGACAUUUUCAUUUGAUGUGGGAAAUGGGCCUAAUGAAAUCACAGUGCAGUCACCUAUUCCCUUAAAUGACAACCAGUGGCACUAUGUGAAGGCUGAAAGAAACAUCAAAGAGGCGUCUCUGCAAGUAGACCAGCUUCCUCAAAGGAUUCACGCAGCUCCAUCUGAUGGGCAUAUCCGUUUGCAGCUCAACAGUCAGCUCUUUGUUGGUGGGACAGCAUCAAGACAGAAAGGAUUUUUGGGAUGCAUCCGUUUUUUACAAUUAAAUGGCAGAGCUCUUGAUUUGGAAGAAAGAGCCAAAGUAACCCCUGGUGUAAAGCCAAGUUGUCCUGGACAUUGUAGCAGCUAUGGUAACUUAUGUCACAAUGGAGGAAAAUGCAAAGAGAAAUAUAAUGGAUUCUCUUGCGAUUGCACUUUUUCUGCAUACACAGGGCCAUUCUGCAAGAAAGAGAUAUCUGCAUAUUUUGGAGCUGGUUCAUCAGUAACAUAUAACUUUCAAGAAUCAUACAGUGUUGCCAAGAACUCGAGUUCCCAUGCUGCUUCCUUUCAUCCUGAUAUGAUGCUAACCAGAGAAGUAAUCACAUUGAACUUUCGAACAACACGGAUUCCAAGUUUACUUCUUUAUGUAAACUCAUUCUACGAGGAGUAUCUUUCAGUUAUUCUUGCCAAAAAUGGAAGUUUACAGAUCAGAUAUAAGCUAGAUAGCCAUCGAGAUCCCGAUAUCUUUAGUAUCAAUUUCAAAAGUAUGGCUGAUGGGCAGCUUCAUCGUGUAAAGAUUAAAAGAGAGGAAGAAAAACUAUUUGUGGAGGUUAACCAGCACGAAAGGAUGAAAUUCUUUCUGUCUUCAGAUACUCAGUUCAAUGCAAUCAAGUCUCUCGUUCUUGGCAAGAUACUUGAGAAUGGUGAUACAGAUCCAGAUACUCUGAAGGCAAAUUCUCAUGGGUUUAUUGGGUGCCUCUCUUCAGUACAAUUCAAUCAUGUCGCUCCUUUGAAGGCUGCUGUCCACUUUCCCAGCUCAGCUCAAGUCAUUGUUAAAGGACAUUUCAUGGAAUCCAACUGUGGGACAUUAACAGGAGCUGAUACAACAUCAAGUGAAACAACCCAUUCAUUUGCAGAUCAUUCAGGACCAAGAGAUGAAGGAGAGCCAUUAGCUAAUGUAAUAAGGAGUGAUUCUGCAAUUAUUGGGGGUGUGAUUGCUGUAGUGAUAUUCAUUCCACUUUGCAUUGUGGCUGUUGCUGUACAGAUUUAUAAAAAGAAAAAUGUAUAUAUAAAAAAGGAGGUGCAGGGAUCAGAAAAUGAAGAUGGUGCAGAGACUGUCCUGAAAAAUGAGAUCGGCGUGAAAAAUACAAUCAAUGAAAAUCAAAAAGAGUAUUUCUUCUGAUUUGCUUUUCUGAUCUAGUUUAACAAGAAUAAAAGACAGUCUGACUUAUUUGCUAACCAAGUUCUCAACCAGAAAAAAGAAAGAAAGAAAGAAACUGUUGCAUUCAAAGAACACACAAAAUAGAUUGGAAAUCUAUUAAAUGGUGUUUAGUCUUGGUGUUUGCUAUGGCAAGCCUCUUUAAAUGACAUGCAUUUCUUAGCUAUUAUAACAUAGAUGCAUUUUAUGUAAGAGUGAAUUAGAUAUUGUAACCAAUCCCAUUGUUGGUAGUUUUCAGCCAUUCUGCUGUGACUUUCUAAACUGGAGGUUAACUUGCAUAUACGUAUCAUGAGUUUUGAAUGGUGAAAAAAGGUCAAGUUUUCUUUUCUUCCUUUCAGUCUAUUCCUUCCAAGAUAAUUAUUUUUAAAGCAAUUUUGUUUAAAUAUUCUGCGUAUUUUCUUCCAUACCAUUGGACUGUUUUCCAAACCAGAAGUAAGCAUGCUUAAGAAUUAAGUUUAAGAGUGUAGACCUCCACAUUGAAGUGUUUGUGAUACUUUCCUUGUCUUUUUUUGAAAAACAACAACAACACACCAUUAACCAUUAUCCUCAUCAGCAAUUUCUCUCCUGCUUCAUCCAACCAAUCUAUUACACUCUGGUGAUGAAGAACUCAAUAUUAUUUUAAAAGCUUGUUUGUAUGAGAAAUGAAAAUCUGAUUGUAAUACACAGGGAUCAUAAUGAGUAACAGGGUGAUAAAUAAGGAAUCCAAAGCUGAAACUUUCCACAAAUUAUGACUGGAUAUCUUUCAGUCUUCUUUUUUUUUAUUUAUUGAAAAUUUUUAAGUUUUACAAAACAAUUCCCUUCCCCAAACCCUCCCAACCCUCCCCUAC